UCAUUCUGAAAAAGAUCCAGAGGAUUGGCUCAGAAAGAUGCAAAAAUAUAUAGUAGCUAGUCGAAUAAAUGUUGCACCUGGUGUGGGUCAGGUUGCUGGAAGAGAAGAAGCAUUUGGAUUGGGUAAAAAUUGGAGAUAUAAUAAUCUCUCAAAUAACUUAGGUGUAGCUACUUUAACUGCUGCUCGAGCAAUUGGUGCUGGAAAUGGUAGUAAUCAAAUUGGUGGUUUGAAUACUGCAGGAGAAUUUCGUAACAAAGCUAGAGCAGAAAUUGGUAAAAUUGGAGCAGGUGUCGCAACUA